CCCGUUAAAAGCAAGCGACAGCCAACGAAGCGGGGAGCGGGAACCAUAAUAUGCACCCCUACCCAGGUUAUCAGUGAACGCGGUAAAAGUGGCGAUUGUCAGCGAUAAUUUGAGUUUUGAGCGCUAUUUCCUCCAAAAGAUGCAGCAAGUAGACGAUCCCCCUUAUUUGACUGUAGGAACGGAGGUAAGCGCCAAAUACAAGGGGGCAUUCUGCGAGGCCAAGGUACGCAAGGUCGUGCGAAACAUCAAAUGCAAGGUUGCGUACAAACAGCAGGGUCUCGGGUCCGGUGUUGUUUCGGACGAUCAGAUCAAGGGGGCACUCCGGGUCGGUGCGACGGUCGAGGUGAAACAUCCGGAGCGAAAGGAGUACGUCGAGGCGACGCUAACCAAAAUCCAGGACUGCUCCCAGUACACGGUGGUGUUCGAUGACGGUGACAUUACGACGCUUCGGCGUAGCGCGCUCUGUCUCAAAAGUGGUCGACAUUUUAACGAGAGCGAAACACUCGAUCAGCUUCCGCUCACGCAUCCGGAACACUUCGGGAAUCCAGUCAUCGGUGGACGAAGGGGUCGUAGAUCGCGGCAUUUGCUCCCGGACGAAAGUUCCGAUGAGGAGGACGAACCCACGCAUCACUCCCGUUCGAAUGCGAGCGAUAAAGAGGAAAACAUCGGCAAGGUGGUGUGCGUGGAAACGAGCGACAACAAAAAGAAAAAUCCGAAAGAAAAUUGGUUCCCCGGGCUGGUAGUUGCACCGACCGCCCAGGAUACGGUACGGAUACGCGUGAAGGACGAAUACUUGGUGCGCUCGUUUAAGGACGGCCGGUACUACACCGUGCCCAAGAAGGAAGCGACCGAAUUCACCCGCGACAGUGUGAACAAGUCGGAAGCGGCCGCCGUAUCGGCAGCGAUCGAGUACAUGGACAAUGAUGUGCUUCCUCCGCACUGGGACAGGGAAGCAUUGUUCGGCACUUCCGGUAGCUGUAGCGAUUCGGACCAGGAGCUCGAAACGGACAGCUCGGACGAUGAGCCGACCGAGGAAAAGGAUCACUUUGUAGCGCAGCUAUACAAGUUUAUGGAUGAUCGGGGAACGCCAUUGAAUAAAGCGCCAUCGAUUACGAACCGUGAUGUGGAUCUGUAUCGGUUGUUCCGAGCGGUGCAAAAGCUACACGGGUACAAUCGCGUAACGACGCUCAAUCAGUGGAAACAGAUCGCUUUACGGCUAGGGUUUUCACCUGCCACGGCCAGCAUUACGAAUCUGGUCAAGCAAGCGUACAAAAAAUUUCUGUUCUCGUUCGAAGAGUUCAACCGGAAGCUUGGCUGCACGAUGGUACCGCAUCCUAAGACGAGUCGGACAAAGGGCCGCAGUUUGGUACGUGCCAGCUCGGUUCAAUCGCCGAAACUGACGGAAAAGGAAAAGCUUCUAACGGCAAAGGAGAAAGCAGCGUCGGCCGCAGCAGCAGAUGCAUCUGCAAAAGCAAGUAGUUCGGCUGCUGCUGCUGCUGCUGCUGCUUCGACAGCCACGGAAGCAUCCAAUUCAGCGGUAGAAGAAUCGGGCAAUACGAGUGAAUCGAGUGCAGCGGAGAGUGCCGUCCUGAGACCGAGCAGUACUAAGCGUAAGGCGGGGGUUGGCGGUAAGGUUAAAGCGCUGGUAGAUAAGUUCGAGGAGAAGGAGAAAGAGCGCGAAAAAGAAAAAGUAUCCACGGGUAAAGGAGGUGGCGAGAGUAGUGGAUCAUCCGGAGGUGGCAAAAAGGACGACGCUGGCACAUCCUCAUCAGCAUCAGCAGUGAAGAAGGAAAAGCCAACGCCGGGGAAAGCGAAAUCCGUUGAGCCGGUGGUGGUCGAGAAACGGGGUCGUAAGCGAAAGGAUGCCGAUUCGGUAGAUUCGAAAAAGGAUGAUCGGGAAACGGCAACCGCAAGCAGUAGUGUGGGUAGUGCCGGUAGCACCACCAGCAGCUUGAUUAAACCGGAGAAACAACCCUCCUCCAGCAGUAGAAAGGAAGAAAGUGGCGGUCCACCGGGAAGGGAAGGUAACGGAGGUGGUGGUGGGGGUGGUGGUGUUGGAGGAAACGGAACUGGGCCAGGGACGGCAAGUGGGCAUAGUGUUCGUAACGUUAGCCCAGCCGUUGGAGCCGGAUCCACCGUACCCGAUUUUCCGAUCGAAGUAGGCGACAAGCUCAAGGUGUACUACGAUGAGCAGAAGGUGACGUACGAAGCGAAGGUGAUCGAGAUCGCGAAACAGGAAGGAAAUCUCAUCUAUCUCGUACACUACACCGGUUGGAACACGAGGUACGAUGAAUGGGUGCGCAAGGAACGUAUUGCCGAAAAUUUAACCAACAGCAAAACCAAGAAAGGCAAAUCGUCCACCAAUACACCAACCAGCGGCAGUGGCAAAGGACCGACCCAUGGUGGAACACCGGGAGCAUCUAUUGCGGCCGGGGAUAAAACCCCAAAAAUCGCUAAACGAAGCCGUGGAAAUUCGAAAGGCGAACAAAGCAGCAGUGGCCCGGGUAGCAACUCUACUCCCCGCUCCACAACUCCUAACGUCGGACGGAACAAAUCACCCGCCACACCGUCGAACCGAAGACCACUCACACGUGGUGGAUCGUCCGCAGCUACCGGAUCUUCCCUAUCCGCUUCAGCUGCCUCCGCAGGCAGACGAACAUCGAACAAUACGGACAUUUCGUCCUCACUGUCCGUACCGACUGAUCCGGAUAAUACCAGCGACACCGAUUCGGACGAACCGAUGCUGAAAAAGUGCACCACCAACAGCACCUCGUCGACCACCUCUUCCAACUCGUCGAUUUCCAUCUCGUCGACGAGCACGAAAGUAAGUACAACAGCCGAGGCCGGUUCGUCGUCCGAUGCCGCGGCCAUAUCGGACGAGUUUUCCAACGGAGCAUCCAAGGGUGGUGGUGUUGGCGGUGUUGGUGGUGGUGGUGGUGGUCGUGACUAUGAUCUCAAUCAAAUACGUUCCGAGCUGAAGGGCUUCAAAGAAUUGAAAUCGCCUGGAUCGCCGGCAUCAGAUACAACGACAACAACAACCACAACGGCCGGUGGUGCAGGAGAAAGCCAUUCGACAUCGGUCGCCACCAUUACGGAUGUGCCCAAACAUCUUAUCCCGAAGCAAGAACCAACAAGCGUGCUCACGAGAAGCAGUUCCAUCGAGACGAAAGAUUUGCUUUCGGGCAACACACCGCUAGCAAUGAUCAAGAAGGAACCAACCGGAUCCGACGUGAUAGUAAAGGAGGAAGAAUCGACCGUAACCGAGGAGGACGACGAGCCGGAAAAAUCCUCCGAAUCGGAAACGCUCAGCGAGGAAGAUUCCUCGCAAUCUUCCAACAAAGCAUAUUCCAGCUCACCGAUAACGACGAUGGUCGAUUCCGACACGGCCGAAACACCGCUCGCAGCAGGUCUAGUGCUGAGUCCGAAGAUUUUAGCAUCACCUCCACCCAGUGUCGAAUGUGAAGAUACGUCCUCUACCGAACCUUUAAUAAGCGUUGCAAACAAAGCCGCCGACGCGAAGGCGUCUCUCGAGAAGGCUUCGGCGUUAAAUGCGAAUAAGAAAGAUCCGAGUGAUGCGUCGAGUGUAGAAAAGUCAGCCGACGCAUCAUCAUCAACAUCAUCGUCGUUGUCGUCGUCGUCGACAGGCGGUAGCAAACCACCGAUUAAGACGUACGGCACGGCGGCCACGAUCAUUGCCAACUCGGAAAAGAUGGCAUUCUGUACGGUUCGUGAUGCGAGCACGGAAAAUGAUCUGAAAUCGCCACUUUCUGUAACGACAGCAACGGCAAAAGAUAGUGUGCUGGAAUCGCCGCAAAAAACUCCGCUCGGAUCUCAAACCGCUGGAACAUCUGCUUCGCUUUCGGUACGAUCAAAAGCAGGACUAUCGGAAGACAAGACUCCACCAUCCGCAUCGAGCGGUCGUACGGGUACGAGUGCUUUAAUAACACCAACCAAAGCCGCAUUUGGAACAUCUCCAUCAGGUCCUUCCGGAAGUAAUGUUAAAGAUGAUAUUACCGUGUCACCACAACAACAGGGUGUAAUUAUCGCUACCGGUUCCAAUGUGCGACCAAUAAAAUCUCCUAAAUCAUCGCCCUCCACUAACGCAACGGAGUCCUCAUCCGGUACAGCAUCGGAAGACACUAAACCCAGCACUGCAACAGUCCCUCCCAUUGGACCAACAGCAAACAUUCUGUCACAAACGGGAAAUUCAACAGUUUCCGCUUUCAGUUCGCUACGUGCAGAAAAGAAACAAACGGGAACGGGAAUGGCCGGUACGGAGCGAAAGUUUACACUUGGAAGAGAAGGAACUUCGGCCUUUUCUACGCCCGUAAGCUCUCAAUCCACACUAUCUGUCGCUUCUUCGGCAACUUCCCUAAAGCACGGAAGUUCCGGUUUGUUGGGUGAGAAAAAACACUUUUCCUCCUCGACGCUAACACCGGCCCAGAAUAAGCUGCUCAGCAAGGAAGCCCUGUGUAUAAAGUCACUGUUCGAGUCUGCCGCCAAUGAGAAGAUUUCGGACGUGUAUGAGUUUGAAGAUGAAUACGACGAUCAGGAUACUGCAAGUUCCUCAGGUCCUAUGGGAGUGGUCGGUGGUACAGGUGGCAGUGGAACUGUCGGUGGAGGGGCAACCGGUCCACGGAAGCUCGUAUCGGAUGUCCCACCAGCGGAAGUUGUGAGUUCACUCACUCCUUCUUUGGGCGGGCAGCAGGCAGAUGAGAAAAGGAAGAAACCGCUACAACGGAAAACGAUGGCUGCUACCGCGGUUGAUCCUCUAGACACGUCCAAUUACGUAUCGGGCGGCUACAGUGGAGCAUUAAAACGCGCAAAGAAACCUUCACCAGUUAAAACGGAACCUAUGGGAGUGAGUGAGAGCAAACCUCCCAAAGGACCAGGCGCAUUACGACGUGAGGCAAAAGAAAAGGAAGAGAAAGAUAAGGAACAGAAGCCUCCUUUGGAACUCGAUUCCGGGGCGGUAAACGCUUCUGUAGAUCAGCCAAAAGAAAAGAUUUCUCCCAAAACGACUGCUGCAGUUACUACCUCUGCCCAACCUGGUCUAACGACCGCUUUUGUACAAACGCCAGUGAAGAGUGACUCAACGUUCGAUGUGUUACGGAAGUCUCCCAGCUUUAAUCUGGUUACUCCGGGACCGUUAGGAGCUAAGGAGGAAGGAACGUUCAAAUCGCAGGAAGAACUCGAUACGAAACCUACACCACCACCGCUUCCAGCGACGACAACCCCUGGGAUUUUCACUCCAGUUAUUUCAGCCUCAUCUGCUGGAAGUGGUGGUGUAAGCGAUCGAUCGAUUUCUUCCGUGCUUUAUCCGCACGGGAAAGGUCCAUCCACUUCCGUCCUGCUGGCAAAGGCAGGUGAUGAGAGUCAAAAGGAGGAACCAACGUUGGAGAACUGUAAAAAGUACUUUAACGAUAUGAACUUUGAAUUCGACGCGCCGAACGUGAAGAAACCGCCCUCGAUUGCCGACAAGGUACUGAAGGCUUUAAGUCAACAGAAUCAGCAACAGCAACAGCAAACAAUAAAGUCGGAAAAGCCAGACUUCCCGAAGUACAUGCCAAGCUCGAUGCAUCACCAUUCGCUCCCGAGCACGCCGAAAUCGCUCAUGAGCAGUGGUUUACUGUCAUCGCCAGCGAUGGAAAGUGGCACUCCGAUGUCUUUUACGUCCUCGUUACAUCCUGCAAUAAAAUCGGAAUCCAUUAGCGGUGGUGGUAAUAGUUCUUCCACCGUGUCCUACACAUCUCCAAUGAUGGCGGUAAAUCAUCCGGCGAAACCAGCUUCCUUGGAUGGAAACGAAUCACUGCACGGAGGAAAGACUCUCGAAGGUAUGAAGAAGGAACCGGAAGACUCUCACGUCUCCACCACAAAGUCUUCACCGAUCAGCACUGAUAUAAAAGCGACCAAUCCACCGCAGACGACGAUAACUACAUCUUCAAGCCAUAAGAUACAUUCGCUCGAGCAGAUUCCAACAUCGCGAAGUAACGAUCUAACUGAAUCGCUUCGAAAGCUAGAUCCUGAUCCACGGUUCAUCCACGACGAUGAGUCCACGGACAGUAACGAUUCAGAGCAUCGGUUAAUCAUCGAGGAUGCGGAAUCGCAAGGCAGCGGUGAACCCGUUACCGGAAGCGCGAUGGUGCGCGAUGCUCAUCCGGUUCUGUCAAACUCCUCCACUAUUGCCAGCAGUACAACAGCGGUGAUCGUUCACUACGAAAGCAAACAGCCAGCUGCCUCAGUGAUAUCGGCCAAGAAAGAACUGUUUGAGGAAAAGCCACGAUCUGCACCAACCUCCUCUUCCAUAACGCUCGAGAUGGCCUCGGCAGCGUCGGCAGCAGCUGUUGCCGCGGUUGCAGAUAAAGAGAAACUCAUCCUAAAGCAAGAUCGUCCAGGAACAACGGAGAACUUACCCUCAUCCCAUGUCAAAGAAGAUCCUGCGAAAUCAUUCUCCGGUGCACCAACAGCGUCUGGGGACAAAAAGACAUCAGGCGGUGCCAAGCAGAGCCUGCUUGAGACAAUCAUACAGAUGAACACGGCUAGCCGUGGUAUGAGCUCCGAAGAGUACUUGAUGGAAGUGCUUAAGGUGCACGAACAACAGCCACAGACGCAACGCACCAGCGCUGAGGCUGACAAUCGUAAAGACGGUUCCUCCGCAGCGCAACUGCAACAGGAUAACAGUGGCGUUGUCGCUGUGACGGCAUCCGUAAUAACUACGACCGGAUCGAAUCCCAACGAAUCGUUGGGAUCUUCAGUGCAAUCUCUCAACCAAGAUGAUGUCCCAUCGCAAUCCGUGCACUACCAUCAAUCACAAUCUCCAGCACAAGCACCGAACAAUGAAUCUUUAUCGUUGCUACUGUGCGAGGAAACGAUUCCGGGGUCACCGGCACCGAAAGAUCAGGACCGAUUGCCACCGUCAACGGUCGGGCGGAAAGUAUACGCCGAAACACCGCUCGUACCAACAUCCGUAUCAUCCUCCUUUUUACCACCGCAAAACAUACAAACUGCUACCGAUCUGAAGCCCGUUCCGAUGGAUCUCGAACCUCCGGUGGUAACGAUAACGAUCGGUGGUAAUACAACAAUCAGUAGCACCAGUCAAAGUGGACAGACGACGGCGGUUGCAGGAAGUUCCAACCUUCAACAGCAGCAUCAGCACCAGCAGCAACAAAGCUUAAGAAGCAAAAUUAGCUCCGGUGGAGGUGAAUCGACUGCCGACACACCGAACAGCUCACCGAGGGAUUCGGUUAGUCAGGAUGAAACACACGAUCAAGAAUCACUCUCACCGAUGAAGAAACGCCGACAGCGAAAACCGAGCGAAGAACCAACGCUCAAACGUCGUCGGACGGGCAACACCAGUCUGGGUGGUGGCUAUGGAUAUGGCAACAAUGGUUCAAACACUAGUUAUGGCCGGAAUCAAAGAGGUCUUAACACAAGCAAUGCAACAGACAGUGAGGACAACUCGGACAAUCUAGCGGCAUUUCACCGUUCGUCCUCGUUGAUCUUUGUCGGAAGCAAAACGGGACGUCCCUGUCAGUACAAUUUCCUGGUCAAUUUAGAUCCUUCGCUGAGCAACAAUCAGCGGAUAGGGAUCAUAAGGAAAAAGAUACAGGACCUGCGCAAAACGUACAACGCGAUCAAGGCCGAGCUGGCGAGUAUCGAUCGGCGGCGCAAGAAGCUACGUCGCCGAGAGCGUGAAAACAAGAAGCAAGCCAAACUGAACAGUGCCAGCGUCGGCAAUAACUAA